UAUAGAUAGACUAUUUGGUGACACUGGCUCAGGUGGCAGGGGUUCAUCUUGUACCUGGUGGGGGCCGGUUCAAACCCCCGCUCCGUGCAUCUUAGUCUUUGUGUCCUUGGGCGAGACACUUCGCCUGCCUUGCCUGCUGAUGGUGGUCAGAGGGUGUCAAUCUACCCCAAGGCAGCUGUAGCUACACUGUAGCUUACCACUGACAGUGUGUGAAUGUGUGUAUGAAUGGGUGCAUGACUGUAGUGUGAAGCCCUUUGGAACCUCGGACUUAAUUUCUUUUUGUCUGUGACUAGUGAACAGUUUGUAUCUGUAAAUCUGUGUAAACUUGUGAUACUGUUUCAAAGAAUGCGUGUACCAAACUAAAACUGAUCACUACAACUAACAUUAAACAGUCCUGCCAUCAUUUUUUACUUUUGUGACUUGAUGUUUUACUUCAUCUGUUCCCAGUAUGUCUUAGGGAUCUGCGAUGCUUGUGUUCUAAUAAAUGAAAGAAGCACGAAUCUCAGAGGCAGUUUCUGUGACUGAUCUCUCUCACUGCUGUCAGUCUGAAGAUGGAAAGAACAGACUCUGUCAGCUCAGACUUUUAAAAAAAAAAGCCAUCUUUCUGUUUCUGUUGUGUGUGUGUUAGUAUGAGAGGUUAGUGGGUGGUACUUAGAGCAGCAACAGGAGAUGAAUAUCAGUCUUCAGUAAUGAACUGAAGUGGAAAGAUGAAGCUCCUGCUGAGAAGUCUGCUUCUUAGCUCUCUCUGCGCACUCUCAUCCUGGAGCGUUUCUUCAGACACACUUGUCGUUACUCAGAGUCCUGAUGUUUCUUUCCAUGAAGGAGAGACAGGAAACAUCUCUUGUUGCUGGAAGGAGAAGAAUGGAAGAGUUAACAUUAAAUGGCUAAAAAACCAAACAUUAGUAGAGAAUAAGACUGUCAUAAAUCAGUCUACAAGUUCUCAGAAUAAGCAGGCAAAUAGCUGUUCAGUUCUAAUCUUUCCAAACUUUGCAAUCAGAGAUUCAGGGAGAUACAUCUGCAAGGUUACUGUGGAGAUACCAAUGUUACUUAAAGUUGAAGGAAAUGGUACAACCAUCACAGUUACAGCCAGAACUGUCAUCCCAGAUCAUCACAAUUUAAACGAUACAAAGGAUGAACAUAAGCUGCAAUCUGUGAUUCUUGCUGUGGCUGUUGUCGUCCCACUCUUCCUCAUUGCUCUCGCCUGUUUCUGCACUCUGAAAAGGAAAGAAGAUAAGAAGAAAACAGGACAAGCAGCCAGAGUGAUCUAUAAAGUUUCUAACACCGACUCCUUUGAAGCAGAAAUGGACAAGCACAGCACCGGUUCUUCCAGGGGCUCAACUCAGUGGUGUGAGGUGGCUAUGUAUGAUUACUUGGAUUACUUCGAGCGAGUGGAGACCAAAGGAAGUAAAUAAAAUCUCCUCCAAUGCAUUCCUGCUCGUCAUUUUGUAAAUAAUGUGCAUUUCUUUAUCUGAAUUAUAUAAGUCAUGUUAUGUAUGUAAAUAUUACAUAUUUUCAUAUUAAACCAUGUCUUCUCCAUCA